CCAUGAUAAUGGAGGAGACUGAGCUCUGCUUUCCACAAUUUUUUAACACUUCAUGCAGCAGACCAAAACGUACUUACUUUGAAACUAUGAUAACUUACAUUCUGGUGUUUUCCAUCUCUCUGCUCACCUCAUCUCUAAAUCUGCUGGUCAUCAUCUCUAUCUCACACUUCAGGAAGCUCCACUCUCCCACCAACCUGCUCCUUCUUUCUCUGGCUGUCUGUGAUUUCUUUAUUGGUCUCCUUAUGUUCUUUCAAAUUCUAUACAUAAAUGGCUGCUGGCUUCUGGGUGACAGUUUCUGUGUCAUAUCUCACUUUCUGGCUUAUGUUUUUACCACUGCCUCAAUAGGAACCAUGGUGAUGAUAUCUAUUGAUCGUUAUGUAGCAAUAUGUUACCCCCUCCAUUACAACACUAAAAUAACACAGAAAAAAGUGCAAAUCUCUGUAUCCUUGUGUUGGACCUGGUCUAUGGUGUUUCAGAGCCUUAAUCUGAUGGAGAACUUCAAACAACCGGGCAUGUAUAAUUCCUGCUUAGGUGAAUGUGUCAUUGUGAUAAAUUACAUCAGUGGUUUGGUAGAUCUUAUUUUGUCCUUUAUAGUCCCCAUCAUUAUAAUAGUAGUUUUGUAUCUCAGAAUAUUUGUGGUGGCAGUUUCUCAGAUUCGAGCUAUACAUUCUCACACUGCAGAAAUAACCUUCCAUGGUUCUGUAAAUGUCAAGAAAUCUGAGAUUAAAGUAGCUGGUUCCCUCGGGGUUGUAGUCGUUGUGUUUCUGAUAUGUCUGUUACCAUAUUUCUGUGUCACACUUACAGGCCAAGAUGCUUUACUUAAUGCCUCCUCCACUGCUUUGGUGAUAUUUUUAUUUGACUUUAACUCCUGUCUAAACCCUAUUAUUUAUACAUUUUUCUACUCUUGGUUUAGAAAAUCAAUUAAACUAAUUAUUACACUUCGGAUUUUGCAAAGUGAUUCCUGUGACAUGGACAUAUUGUAA